AUGCCAAAGGUCUUGCCGGUCACUUCAGUCGUGACAAGAUGAUCACGCUUGUAGGAUACUAGUUCUACUAGUCGAGUUUGAAGUGCAAUGUAGGGAACAUCGUCAAUAUAGUUUUCAUUAUCAUGAGUUAAUAAUUAGUAAAUAAUAUAGUUUUAGCCUUAACUCAUGAUAAAUAGACUUAUAUUUGUGUUAAAGCAUGAAAAGUGGUUUUCAGUUGAUUAACGUGAAUUUUGGGUAAUUAUGUGAUUUUAUACGAUUUUUACAGUCUUAGUUUUGAGAUAAAUGAAGAACAAGAAAUAAAAAUAAAAAUAUUGCAAAAUGGGGUGAUCCGCCGGCCAGCCGGGCCCGCAAGUGGGUCGGAAGCGCAGUCGGGGAGUAGCCGCGAGCAGGGGCUCGAGCGGCUUGCUUGGAUCGAUAGGGGCACGUGUGCGCCACUCCCCUUCCACGUCACCGGUGGUCAGCCGGCUGUGGGGCAAGGAGUGGUCGUACACGCGAGAGGACUUUGCCUAGAAAGCUAACUUUAUUAUAUAAUCGCCCGAAUAAUCCGCGCACAACCGAUGUGGGACUAAAUCCACCUUGUUCAGGGGCGGGCGACCGCCGCGGGUUCGAAUCCUCCCAGAGUCAAAAUUCAUAUAUUUUUAACUGAUUAUCGCGACUUUCCUGUAGAUCGCCGGUGAAGGAUUAAGCAACCGGAAUCGCUGGAUCAUCGGCGAAAAUCUCGUCAACGCGAUUCGCGGAGCAGUGCUACUAAAAUUUCUGAACGAUUCGCGAUAAAAGGAUCGCAAUCCAUCGAGUAAAUCAUCUCCGAUUGAUCGACGAACAAGCCGUCGUCGGGAAGAGGACGAUCCGCCGGGAGACCAGUCGCCACCUCCUGAGAGCGUACCAGAUGCGAUGAAGAGCCUCCUCUUGCUGCGCGGACCUGAGGAUGAAGCUCCCUAACACACGCCUCACCUCCAUCCAGCCCCUCUCUGUCGGGUGACAGCCGCCGGAGAGCCGCAAAGUCGCCGUUUUUCCGCUCCGCCGGGUGACAGCCGCCGGAGACGAUUUGACAACCCACUUCAUUGGUCUCUAGACUUCGCGAGAAGAUCUAAAGAUUGCCCACGUCGUCUUUGUCCAAGGAGAGCCUUCGAGGCCGUGGACACUGCACGACGACCCUCCCGAACGCUCAGGAUUCCGGUGCAUCGCCGAUGCGUCGCCGUCGCGACGCCGGAACUCUGUUUUCCUGCUUUAUCUAGAGAUUGCCCACGUCGUCUUUGUCCAAGGAGAGCCUUUGAGGCCGUGGACACUGCAUGACGACCCUCCCGAACGCUCAGGAUUCCGGUGCAUCGCCGACGCGUCGCCGUCGCGACGCUGGAACUCUGUUUUCCUGCUUUAUCUAGAGAUUGCCCACGUCGUCUUUGUCCAAGGAGAGCCUUCGAGGCCGUGGACACUGCACGACGAUCCUCCCGAACGCUCAGGAUUCCGGUGCAUCGCCGACGCGUCGCCGUCGCGACGCCGGAAUUCUGUUUUCCUGCUUUCAAUUUAAUUUACGCUUCAUUUAGUGAUACUUUGUUGAUUUUUAUUUACCAAACUAUACUUCGUUCAACUACGAUUCUUCCGGCUUUUACAGAUCUUAAUUUGAUUAAUUGAGUCGUCUGUAAUCGCCUACGUAAGAAUCGCCGGGCGGAACUCUAUUUCCGCCUGAUUCGCGUUCGCCGGGCGCUGACAUCAUUCUGACGUCCGCACCCUUAUUUCCUCUUUUUUUGUGAAUUUUAAAUAUAUUUCCUUUUUAUUUCCUAGUAUAAAAUUCGUAAGAAAAUCAUACUCAUUGAGAAAAAUUCUGAAUAAUUACCAGAUAUUAUAUUACAUCCCUGUGAUCGAUCUGGAAAAUUACCACUAUUUUUGGGAUUUUUAUUGAAUUAUAAUUGAUAUAUUUAUUUUGAAAUACUUCUAAAUAUUUGAAAAUUCGUAUUUUCUAGUUUUAUAAAUUUUAUAUUUGCGUGAUUUAAUAUACAACGACUGAGUCACGUCAAGUAUCUUCAAGACUACACAUUCGUCAUUCGGCACAAGAAGGGCAUUGAUAUUGUGAUUGCUGAUGCCUUGAGUUGCCGAACCCACCUUCUCAAUUUGGUGAAGGUGCAGGUUACCAGAUUUGAGUCCUUAAAGGACUCAUAUGUAGAUUCCCCCAACUAUGGCCUUGAGCUUGGGACGACACACAAGCACCCAGACUAACUUUUGACAUAUGGAUAUCUAUUCUUUAAGAAUAGAUUGUGCAUACCCCGCACUUCUCUCCGAGACUUCCUCACUUUGGAGUGUCACGCCAAAGGUCUUGCCGGUCACUUCAGUCGUGACAAGAUGAUCACGCUUGUAGGAUACUAGUUCUACUAGUCGAGUUUGAAGUGCAAUGUAGGGAACAUCGUCAAUCAGUGCCAUGUGUGUGCCUUUGCAAAGCAAGUUAAGAAGAAUGCUGAACUUCAUACGACACUUCCUAUAUUGAUGCGCCCUUGGGACGAUGUCAACAUUGGCUUCGUAUUGGGACUUCCCCACACCACCCAUCAACAUGAUUCUAUCAUGGUCGUCAUCAAUUGAUUUUCAAAGACGACACAUUUUGUGCUUGUUUGAAGACCUUCGACGCGAUCCGUAUAGCUCAGCUAUACUUCGAGAGAUAGUGCACCUACAUGGAGUGCCCAAGUCCAUCAUCUUAGACCACAACGUCCAUUUCACCAGCCACUUCUAGAGGACCUUGUCAAGCUUGCUAGGCACUAAGCUCAAAUUCUCAACAGCAUAUCAUCCGUAAAUGGACAACUAGACAAAGGUCGUCAAUAGGAGCUUAGGGAACUUGCUCCGAUCUUUGGUGGGGGAGAACCUCACAAUGUGGGAUCUGAUUAUCCCCCAUGCUGAGUUUGCCUUAACUCCUCAGCCAACCACACCACUAGCAUGAGUCCUUUUGAGAUUGCCCUUAGUCUUGCACCCCACAAGCCCCUAUACUUAGUGCUCGUUGACCUACAUGUUAGAGUGUCUGAAGAUGGUGCUGCAUUUGCCCAGCAUAUUAGUGACUUGCAUCAGCAUAUUCAUAAUAGGAUUACCAGUCGCAAUGCAUUAUACAAGUAGGCUGCCGAUUUACAUUGUUGACUCCAGAGCUUCAACAUGGGCAACCAAGUGAUGGUCAAGUUGAGAUCUGAGAGGUAUUCUCUUAGCACGGUGAUGUGACUCAAUCGUUGUAUAUCACACAAAUUUAAAAUUUAUAAAACUAGAAAAUAUGAUUUUUCAGAUAUUUAGAAGUAUUUCUGAACUCAAUUAUAAUUUAAUAAAACUUCCAAAAAAUAGCAAUAAUUUUCCAAGUCGAUCACAAGAAUAUAAUAUAAUAUCUGGCAAUUUUUAAAAUUUUUUCUCAAUGAAUAUGAUUUUCUAUGAAUUUUAUACUAAGAAAUGAAAAGGAAAUAUAUUUAAAAUUCAUAGAAAAAAGGAAAUAAGGGUGUGGAUGUCAUGAUGACAUCAGCGCCCGACGAAUGCGAAUCAGGCAGAAAUAGAGUUCCACCCAAUGAUUCUUACAUAAGCAGUUACAAAUGAUUUAAUUAAUCAAAUUAAGAUUUGUAAAAGCUACAAGAAUCGUAAUUGAACAAAAUAUAUUUUAGUAAAUUAAAAUCACAAAAAUUAUCACUAAAUGAAGCGUAAAGUAAAUUGAAAGUAGGAAAAUAGAGUUUCGACAUCGCGAUGGCGAUGCGUCGGCGAUGCACUAAAAUCUUGAGCAUCAAGGAGGAUUGUCGUGUAGUGUCCACAACCUUGAAGGCUCUCCUUGGAUAAAGACGACAUGGGCAAUCUUUAGAUCUCCUUGCGAAGUCUAGAGAUUAAUAAAAUGGGUCGUCGAAUCAUCUCUGGUGGCUGUCACCUGACAGAGCGAAAAAACGACGACUUUGCAGCUCUCCAACAGCUGUCACCCAACGAAGAGGAGCUGAAUGGAGGUGGGGCACAUGUCAGGGAACUUCAUCCUCAGGUUUGCGCAACAAGAGGAGGCUCUUCAUUGCAUCCGGUACACUCUCAGGAGAUGGCGACUCAUCUCCCGACGGACCGUCCUCUUCUCGACAAUGGCUUGUUUAUCAAUCAAUUAGAUAUGCUUUACUCGAUAGAUUCGCGAUCUUUCUAUGGCGAAUCAUUCAACAAUUUUAGUAACAAUACUUCACAAAUCGUGUUGAUGAGAUUUUUGUUGAUGAUCUAGCGAUUCUGGUUGCUUAAUCCUUCACCAGCGAUCUACAAGAAAGUCAUGAUAAUCACAUAAAAAAAUAUGAGUUUUGGCUCUAGGAGGAUUCAAACCCAUGCCAAUUGCCCACCCCUUCUGAGGAAGGUGUGACGUGGGUUUAAUCCCACGUCCGUUGUGUGCCAAUUUUUUGGCCGAAUAUAUAGUAAUGUUACAUUUCUAAGUUCCUUCUCUUGUGUGUAUGACCACUCUUUGCCCCACAACCAACUGGCCAUCGGUGACAUAGAAGGAGAGUGGCUCGUACGUGUGCCCCUAUCGGUCUAAGUUGCUCGAGCCCUUGCUUGCAGCUACUCCUAACUGAGCUUCUGACCUAUUUGCGGGCCCGGCUAGACGGCGAGUCCCCCUCAUUUUGUCUUAUUUUUAUUUUUUAUUUCUUCUUCUUCAUUUAUCUCAAAAGCAAGACUGAAAAAUCAUAUAAAUUCUUGUAAAAUCACAUAAUUACCCAAAAAUUCACAUUAAUCAACUGAAAACUAUUUCCACACUUUAACAUAAAUAUAAGUCUAUUUAUCAUGAGUUAAGGCUAGAACUACAUUAUUUACUAAUUAUUUACUCAUGAUAAUGAAGACUUAUCACACGGCUAUGAAGCUCCAUACUCAUAGCAUGGGCUUGUUCUAGAUCCUUACUCGUGUAGGUGAGAAUGCCUACAUCAUCAACGUCCCUCCAUCAUGGGGGAUUAGCUCGACAUUCAACGUAGCAGACUUGGCUACGUACUGAGCCCCACCUUCUGACCAGCCUCCCUACCCCAGCCCAUUCUUUGAGAGUGAGUUUGCCUUUGAGUCCACUCCCCUUGUUUUACCACCUGAUUGGCAUGAGCAGGUCAAGGAGGUACUGCAUGAGGUAAUUGGCUUUUCAGGGGAUAAAGUUUCAUGGAGGUUUCUCAUGCAUUGGCAGGCUUGUACUAUAGUAGACGACACAUAGAUUUUGGAGGAGGACCUCGCAUGCUUGCAGCCAAACUUGAUCAAGCCCAUGCUUGUUCCACUCACCAACUCAAUAGAGUCAAGUUCUUCCAACCCUAGGAGGAUUGGUGGUGAAUGGGACCCAUCUCCACCAUGCACAAGCUCGAGACAAUAGAGGAGACCUUGAGUUCUGCUAUACAGCUUGAGGUGCCUUUAUGUUUUCCAUGUCUUAUGUUUUCCUUCACUUGUUUCCCUUGUUCGUGAACUGUGUGGCUUUUAGUUUUGCUCCAUGUGGGGACUCCCAUCCCUAGGGUCCAUGUUGGGCCCAUGGUGGGGAUGGGAAGGCCCAUUUCCUUUUUGUUUUCUUUUCUUUCCUCUCUUCUCCUUUCGGGCCAUACAUGUUUAGGCCCAGUUGGAGAAGAGGGUAUCCUUCUUUUCCUCACCUCUCUUCUCUUUUGGGCCAUUCUCAUUUGGGCCCAAUUGGAGAGGAGGGCCCAUUUUGGACUAUGUUCCUUUUUUGGGCUUUGGCAUCUUGGGCCUCAAGCAUGGCCCCUCCAUCCUUGGCCCAUUUGGGGCCCUAUAUUAGGGGUGCAAAGCCACCCCCAAGAGAGCUAGCCAUCAUUUUUAGGAGAAAGCGUGUUUUGGUUAAGAAUCUCAUUUAGAGAGGAUAGGAGAGGAAGGGGGGGUGCCGCCAAGUCACCACCGCUGCUACUAGGCUGUCAGCAGCCUGCCAUGCUGCUGUCAGAUUGCUGCCACUGCUACCAGGCCAUCAACAGUUCAUCGUGCCGCUGCCAAUGCACCAGCCACAUGCGCUCGCCCACCACGUGAGCCCACCAGUUGUGUGCUCCUGCCUUGUGCCUGUCACAUGGCCAUUACAGCACCUCUACGUGCACAUUGCGUGCCCACCCACACGCCACUGCACUUGACCCUCAAAGCUUGCCAUUGUGCUUGACCAAGGGCACUCACUUGAGCACCCUGCCGCUUGGCCAUGCCCCCUCUUCCAAACCCUGUUUGUGCCCAUGUUGCUAAGCCUAGCUGAGCCCCCAACUAAUGCCCACUAGGUGUUUGAUGAUUUGCCUUAGAAAGUGUUGAUGUCACUUAGUCAUUGUAUAGCAAACACAAAUUUAAAAAUUAUAAAACUAAAAAGUAGUUAUUUUUUAAUAUUUAGAAGUAUUUUUGAACAAAUAUAUCAAUUAUAAUUUAAUAAAAGUUCUAAAAAUAGUACAAAUUUUUUAGGUUGAUCAUAGGGACGUAAUAUAAUAUCAGGUAAUUUUUUAAAAUUUUCUUUAAAAAAUAUAUUUUUUAAUAAAUUUUAUACUAAUAAAUCGAAAUAAAGUAUAUUUAAGAUUUGUAAAAAAGAAAAAUAAGGGUGCAGAUGUCAGGAUGAUGUCAGCAUUAGAUGAACGCAAAUUAAGUGAAAACAUAGUUUUGUUUGGUAAUUUUUACAUAAGUAAUUAUAGAUGAUUUAAUUAAUCAAAUUAAGAUCUAUAAAAGUCAAAAGAAUUAUAAUUGAAUGGAGAAUAGUUUGGUAAAUUUAAAUAACACAAACUAUCACUAAAUCAAGUGAAAAUUAAGUUGAAAGCAAGAAAGACAUAGUUCUAGCCUCGCAACAAUGAUCGUCAUAAUUCUAUGUGUUUGGGAGGGUCAUCGAACAAUGUCUACAGUCUCAAAGGCUCUCCUUGGACAUGAAGGACUGGAGUAUUUAUUAGAGAAGUCUACAAAAUGAUGGUGGAAGUUAAGCUAAUUAAAUAAUAAUAAAAUAGAGUUUUGACGUCGCAAUAAUAAUAUGUCGGCGAUAUAGUGGAAUCCUAAACGUUCAAGAAGACUGUUGUGCAGUGUCUAUAGCCUCAAAGGCUCUCCUUGGACAAGGAUGAUGUGGGCAAUCUCUAGAUCUUCUUACAAAAUCUAAAGAUCAAUGAAAUGGGUUGUCAAAUUAUCUUUAGUGGUUGUCACCUAGUAGAACAAAAAAUGGUAACUUUACGGCUCUUUGACAGCUGUCACUUGAUAGAGAAGAGCUGGAUAGAAGUAGGGCGCGUGUCAGAAAGUUUCAUCUAUAAGUCUACACAGCAAGAGAAGACUCUUCAUUGCAUUUGAUAUGCUCUCUAGAGGUGGUGACUCGUCUCACAACAGAUCAUCUUCUUUCUGAUGAUGGUUUGUUCGUCAAUCAAUCAAAAAUGUUUUACUUGAUAGAUUCAUGAUCUUUUUAUCAUGAAAUAUUUAGUAAUUUUAAUAAUAAUAUAUUUUGUGAAUUAUGUUAAUGAGAUUUUCACCGAUAAUCAAGUGAUUUUGGCGACUUAAUUCUUCAUCGGCAAUCUAUUGAAAAGUCAUGAUUUAAUCAGAUAAAAAUAUGAAUUUUGGCUCUAAUAGGAUUUAAACUCACAUCGAUUGCCCACCUACAUGAGAGAGGUUGAAAUAAGUACUCUAAUACCCUUAUAAACUGACAUCAUCAUGGUAUAUCUCUAUUAUAAUUAAGGGGUCUUUUAAAUAUUAAAAUAAAUAAAACUAUUUUGGAGAAGGUGUGAUGUGAGUUUAGUCCCACAUUGAUUGUACGCUGAAGUUUUAGAUGAAUAUAUAGGAAUAUUAAUUUUAGAAGUAAUAAGUCUCUUUUUCACAUAUACAAUUACUCUUUGCCCUACGGCCAACUAACCAUUAGUGACGUGGAUGAGGAGUGGUACACAUGUGUCCUCAUCAGUCCAUAACUACUCAAGCCCUUACUUGCAGCUCCCCUUGACUAUGCUUCUGACCUACUUGUGAGCUUGGUUGGCUGGUGGGUCCCCCCCUUGUUCUAUAUUUUUAUUUUAAUAUUAUUUUCUUCAUUUAUCUCAAAAAUAAGACUAUAAAAAUUAUCUAAAUUCAUAUAAAAUCAUAUAACUAACCAAAAAUUCAUAUUAAUCAACUUAAAACUACUUUUCACAAUUUAACGCAAAUAUAAGUUUAUUUAUUAUGAGUUAAGGUUUAAACUAUAUUAUUUAUUAAUUAUUAACUCAUAAUAAUAAAAACUUAUAAGUAGCCUAGCCAUAGUAUCUAAAAAUACUUCGAAUUCAAUUCAUAUAAUAAUGGGAUGCUAGUGUAUUGAUAUCCAUUCAUGUGUAAUCUUCUUCCGCAUGUUUCUAUAACUUUCAUGUGAAAUCAUGUGAAUAAGAUGUAAGUUCAUUGUUAAUGAUAUUGAUGAGAAAUAACUCCAACUUUUUUUCGAAAGUUAACAGAAUAAAUUAAAAUGUAAUUUGACAAUCCAAACCCAAGGAUACCAGUAAUUUGACUAGGAAAUUGAGCAACGUGUUGUUGUCAAUGCUGAACUAAAAUAUAGAUCCACAUUGAUGUGAGACAUAUCAGUAAGAUGGGCUGUGAUUUAGGACUUGCUUAAAGCCUAGUCUAAAGUUGGGAUCUAUAAUCAGUUUAGAACAUACCAUAAUUGAGAUAAAAUCCUAGAAGAUGACUCCAAAGCAAAUCCUAUGUUUCUCCUUUAGAUGAUGUCAUGCUUGUGACAUCAUCCGCUGCCCUCGUGGCCUUGGAUCGCCACAUCAGAGUGGUAUCGUGCUAUCACGUGCAGGCGCCAUGCUGGUGCACACAGUUGUUGUGCUAGUGCAUGCAGAUGUUGUGUCGCCAUGUGCAGGUGUUGUGCCGCAUUAUGUGGGCAUUGUGCUGGUGCGCACAGGUGCCAUGUUGUUGUGUGUGUGGGCAUCAUGUCAUCACAUGUGGCCAUCUUGCCAAAGUGAACCAAUGUCAUGUCGGAGAGCACUAGUGACCUGUUGGAGCACACUAGUGUCAUGCUAGUGUGUAUCAUGGUGCUGAUAUCAGGGUUGGUUACUAUAGGUGAACCCUAGCAACAUUCUCCCCCUCUUGUGGGAUCUGACAUCCUUGUUAGAUAUUGUCUAUACUGAUAAGCUUAGAUUAGGUUCUCAAAUUACCACAAGUCUAUGUCCUUCUCCCAUGUAGCCACCUCCUGUGGUUGUCUUGCCCAUUGAAUAAGGUGAAAGGUGUUAUGGUGGGCAUAGGGGAAGUCUAUGUCCUUCUCCCACACACCCACCUUUGUCAACCACCUAACAAUCCAAGAUGUGGUUGCUAUGUUAGAGUAAUGUCUUGGAUCCCCAGUGGGGGCUGGUGUGGCCAGUUCCACUCUAGCCAUCCAUGUCUACAUGGUAGGUGUUCAACAGAGAAACAUGAAAGACCAAGUGUACCAAGAGGCAUGGGGAAGGUUAAAGCUCGUAGGUGAUAACUCUAGACUUAGGAUGUCCUAAGUCCUAAGUGAGGUUAUAUAAAACUAUUUAUAUUUUCAAUAUCCUAAUCAAUCUAAUGAGCAGAGAGGGUAAGAUAAGGGUCGAACCACAAGGAGAAAAACUAAUGAUCUUAAAAAAUAUUAAGUAAUGAGAAGAAAUAGGUUAGAAAAUAGAAAAGAGAAAGAUAGAUGAGAGAUGAUCGAGAGAUGAGAAAUAUGGGUGAAAUGGGAUGUAAUGAAGGAAACCCUAGAUUAGGGUUGGCCUAGGGGUUUGUAGAAAGAAGUUUUGAAAGUAUUUUAAUGAGAAAGAGUGGUCGAGAUUUACAAGAAAUAAUGUAACUACUAAGAACCUAUCUAAAACCCUAGGUUUCACCCUGAGGAAGAAGGAAAGGAAACAAAUAAGCACAAAUAAGAAGAUUGCUCAACCUAGGCCUUUUCUUGUCGCCAAAGUUAGAUGGUUUCCUCUGAUAGGUUGAUCUCCAGCACUUUACUCCUUGUAACUCAAUCCUCAACACUCAACUUUGCCCUCAAGGCCUCUCUUGAUUACUCAAGAUUACAUAAAAGGGAAAGAAGAAUGAAUCUUUAGAAUAGAAGUUGUUUCACUCCAUCUAACCACUAUUGGGGCUCCUUCCAAAAAGGUGAAAAGAAAAGUGGGUGAAGAGAAUACAUAUAAGCAAUAAAGUUUCCCAAAAUAUCUUUGGCUCUUUCUCAAAAUACCUCUAGCUCAUCUCCUUCAUUUUCAUAAGCUUCUUGAAGAUCAUGCCCACAAAAUUUGGGCUUGAAACCCCUUCUAGAUUAUUAGAUGUCGAUCCUAGAAGAUAGAGAAAUCUAAUUGUUGAUUGAGUGUCUCCUCCGCCUCUACAGGAACCUUGUCACACCGUCGUGAUGAAAGGGGCUCACUUCACCCCGCUACGAGCCAUCACCGAGCACACCAUUAGAGUCUCUCGACUCUUGGUUCGACUGCCGCCUUUUCCUCUAGAACCCCACCAUAAACUCACCGGAGCCGCCCUCCACCGCUCUGCCCAAUCAGUGGCCGUUUGCCGACGAACGCUGACUUGCCGCCGACGUCAGAAGAGACCCUACAGCCGUGCUGACGAGCUAGAACCAGUCCAAGCUCUGCACAGGCCCCCCCUAGAGUUUCCUGAUGCUUCACUGCCGUCGCGCCGUUUCUGAUGCCACUUAGACCAGGAGAGCUCAACCCUCCCUAGUAUCAUUGGUCGGAUCGUCUCCUCUUUGCUCUACUUCUCGGCACUACCAGAGAGGCUGAUCCUUCCGGUGACAAUUGGGUUUCUACCCCAACCGCUGACGCUCGGCAUUCUCGCCGAAGCGCUGCUGAUGCUCGGCCUUCUCGCCGAACGUCGAUGCUCGGCAUUCUCGCCGAAGCGCCACUAAUGCUUGGCAAUCCUGCCAAAGCGCCGCAGACGCUCGGCCUUCCUGCCAAAGCGCUGCCACCGCGUGCCGGCUUGCAGCCCGCACGCCCACCCGGCGCCACUGCCUGCGUGCCCUAGGGCAUGCCACGCGACUUGCCAUGCGCACCCGCUAGCAUGCCCUUUUGGCCCACCAGUGGGCCCACACUUGCUAGCAUGCCCUUUGGCCCACCUACAGGCCCACGCCCAUGCUGCUUGUGCCACACCCUAAGAUGACGACUUCCGUGACUCUCAACCAGCAUCGCUCUUCACCGGACGUCCCUGCCUUUGUCGGAUUUUUGCUCCGUCACGACCCACCGGGCUACGCAGCCCUGAAGGUUAGCUUCGUACGCCUUCUUACUUAAGUUUAAUUAUCUUUCGAAGGGUUUUCUCGGCUCGUCUCUACCGCCUUCAAGAGCAUGUAGAUAGGAUAGGAUAAGUUAUCGGAUCGUGACUUUUGACGUUGCACCAGACUCAUCAUAGUUCAUAAGUUGCAGCCCUAGGCUACUUCAUGACGACAGUUCUACUGUCUGUCUAGAUGUGGAUUGAGAGGGCCUCUUACUCACCAUCGUCGAGUGUUUCCCUGAGUUGUCCUGAGAUGAUCACGCAUAUUGGUAUGCCUGCCUAUGCUUAGGUUACGUGGUCAAACCUAGAGUCUAGGGUCCAAACCUUCUUAUUAGAUCGGUUCGACUAUCCCAUCUUGGGACUUGAGUUUCAUUGAUCAAGUACAGAGAGUUCUCGCCCCGUCCUACAUCACUUAUGGUGACAAGACAUCUUUAAUCAUCAUUUUUAGUGAGAAGAUGUGCUUAACCACUACUUUUGGUGACAAGACGUGUUUAACUAUCACUUUUGGUGGGAAGACAUACUUAACCACCACUUUUAGUGACAGGACAUGCUUAACUACUACUUUUGAUGGGAAGACGUGCUUAACCGUCAUUUACAAUGACAAGAUGUCCUUGACCACAGAAAUAAGAGGUACAAUCACUGAUAGAAAGUCCAUGUCUUCUUGCCUUAUACUCUCGUGCAAUACCUCGUCUUCUUGCAUUCUACGUAAUUAUGGCUUGAAUAAAAUAUUCAUGACUUAAAUAAUCAUUGUGCUGCCACAUCACAUACCAUGACAUGUUAAAUAUAUAUAAAAAUCUAGUGGUUGACAUGUGUCAUUAACUAUGAGAAAUUGUGGAAAAGCCCCUAAAAUGUGUGAAAUAAAAUAUAUGUUUUUCCCUAAAUUACUUAAAUUUCCUCAUGACUUAAAUUUAUCAAAAUAAAUUCAAAAUAAAGUCGUAAAAAAUCCAAGAAUAUUUCUAAAAUAGGAAAAAAAUUUAGAAUCAUUAUAAAGUUAUUAUUUGGCUAUUUUAUAAAGGAUAACAUGCAAAAAUAAGACAUUUGAUCUUAAAUCUAUUCACUUGAAGGUAAUUAAUGAGUAGUUUUAGCAUAUUAUCAAUAGGGGCUAGUCGCCCCACCAAAGUCACAACCUAGAAGGGUCCAUCAAACCAUAAUAUCAAAUGCCUCUAGGUACCUUUGGAGGCUCUUGUAUGCCAAUGCCAAUGCCUCUAGGUGGCUUUAACCUCUCACCGAUAAUGAUUAAUAUUAAUCUUCAUCCAUUGGGUGGCUUUAACCAAUGCCUCUAUGGCCUCUUCAAUGAGGAUGCUAUAACUCUUGGCAAAGUGGUAGGCCACUGGCAAGUAUCAUGGACCCUACUACUUUACCAGAUCCGAGGGAUCAAUGGUUGCCUACUAGUGUUAAGCUUAAACAAUGAGUGUCCUAUGGAUGCACAUUGCUGAAGCUUAUGGGCAAAUUGAGUAAUGAUAAGUCUUCAUUUUCAUGAGUUAAUAAUUAGUAAAUAGUAUAGUUUUAGCCUUAACUCAUGAUAAAUAGACUUAUAUCUGUGUUAAAGUGUGAAAAGUGGUUUUUAGUUGAUUAAUGUGAAUUUUUGGGUAAUUAUGUGAUUUUACAUAAAUUUAUAUGAUUUUUAUAGUCUUAAUUUUGUGAUAAAUGAAGAAAAAGAAAUAAAAAAUAAAAAAAAGAUAAAAUGAAGGGGACCUGUCGGCCAGCUAGGCCCUGCAAGUAGGUCGGAAGCUCAGUCAAGAAGUAGCCGCGAGCAAGGGCUUGAGCAGCUAAGACUGAUAGGGGCACGUGUGUGCCACUCCCCUUCCACGUCACUAGUGGCCAGCCGGCUGUGGGGCAAGGAGUGGUCGUACACGCAAGAGAAGAGACUUUGCUUAGAAAUCUAACAUUACUAUAUAUUCACCCAAAAAACAGCGCACAACUGAUCUAGGACUAAACCCGCGUCACACCUUCCUUAGAAGAGGUGGGCGACCGACGUGGGUUCGAGUCCUUCUAGAGUCAAAAGUCAUAUAUUUUUAUCUAAUUAUCAUGACUUUCCUACGGAUCACCGGCGAAGGAUUAAGCAAUGAGAAUCACUAG